GGUGAUUGUUUCUCUCGCGAGAUCUGGCAACGUUGCAUGCAAUGAUAAAAGGCUGUAUGCAUAUCAUUUCCAUUAUAAAAAGAUAUGCUAGACAGCAGAUUUUAUGUCUUAGAGGGCUGGUUUCACUGCCUGAUCGGAAAGAAAAAAACUACUCAUCAGAUGCAGAGCUAAUCAGGACAUCAGAAGGCAUUAAGUGUGGAGUAAUUGAAUUGGCACACCCUCCCUGUGUCGCAAUCGACCUCAGAGUAACUCCACGUUGCAGUAACGGAAAAAAUAGCCUACCGAUUCGACCGCUACAUUUGCGCAGCUGCAUAUCCCACUUCUGAAAAACUGACUGGGCUGCAGCAUCAACACAAGAGUACCAGCCCCUUCUCCGCAUCAGCACAGACUCUCUCCUCCUGACGCUGCGGGCACUCAAACCUCUGAGCACAGAAGACAGAGAGAGGAGGAAACGCGUAAAAACACAAUGUUAGAAGAGUGCUUAUAGACGACAAGGGAAGGAGAGCCGGCGAGAAACGGGCGAGUUGCAGCAGCCUACAGCGGUCUUCAGAGCUUCGCGGUGGCGGUGGAGGUUGGUCAUGGUCGGACGGGGACUGUGGGUAUGUAAGACCCGAUUUGGAAAGCGAGGGAGCAGGCUCGGUAUUUUGCCUUUUCUUUGCGCGGCGAUAGCGAGCGCAGCCCUGUUGGCUCUGCUGUUUGUGGACUUCAUCGAGUCAUGGGUCACCUCUAUGAGCAUGAACACGGUGGUGGAGCCGCACGCCGGCAUCAUCCCCCCGCAGAGCGUCCCUCCCACCAGACCCGAGGAGUUCCUGCUCAUGCCCAGCCCGCUCGUGUGCCAACGUGCGAAGCCUUACCUCAUCACCAUGGUUACCUCGGCUCCUGUCAAUCAGAGGGCACGCCAAGCCAUCAGGGACACCUGGGGUGGGGAGGUGGAGGUGAGGGGCCUGCGGGUCAUGACCCUUUUCAUGGUGGGUGUGGCGUCUGACCCUGGACUGGCCAAGCUGCUGAUAGAGGAAGCCCGAGAGCGAGGAGACCUGAUUCAGGGGCGUUUUUUGGACACCUACUCCAACCUCACCCUGAAGACCCUAUCCAUGCUGGGCUGGGCCCGCCGGUUCUGCCCUCAGGCUCACUUCAUGGCCAAAGUGGAUGAUGAUGUCCUGUUCAAUCCCAGUGCCCUCCUGCACUUCCUAAACAAAAGCCGCAACCCCUAUGAACAAGGAGACUUGUACCUCGGGAGGGUGCAUCUCCAUGUAGCUCCGGACCGUGACCCGGAUAGCAAGCACUACCUCCCCUCAGGGGCCUACCCUCCUUCUGUCUUUCCAGACUACUGCAGUGGUACAGCCUAUGUUCUGUCCCGUUCCGCAUUGCUCAAAAUUUCCCUGGCAGCCAAUGCAUCACCUUUAUCCACACCUCUACCCCCUGAGGAUGUGUUUGUGGGUCUGUGUGCCCGGGCAGCUGGGGUGCUGCCCUCGCACUGCCCACUCUUCUCCGGCGGCCCAGGUGUGCCAUACGGGCGCUGCUGCUUUCAGGCCAUGGUGUCCAUCCACCACAUACCACCCAGGGAGAUGCUGCACUACUGGGCUGACGUCCAUUCAUCACCCCCUUGUUCCUGGCUGAGUCUUCGCACUUCUCUGGGGAUGUGCAAAGUCAGAGCGAUGCUGGGGUCGGUGCUGGGGCUAGAGCAGGGGUUGUGAGGGUUGGUGAGAAGGAAAGCUGGACUCAUCAGGGCUGUGCCUUGCUUCAAUACUGUGAACAGCACAAGUGCUCUUCAUGCUGGGAAGAAAAUGUGACUUUAUUUUUAUGAGCUUUAUUUUUUUAAACACUGUAAUGUAUUUAACAGGCUGUUUUUUGCAGAAAAGGGGACUAUCAACUGAAGGUAUGAAAAAUUGCCACAGCAGUCUUUAUCCUGUCUUUAGACAGUUUCAGCAUCUUUCAUUAUUACACUGACUGUUGAUGUAUAUGUAGAGCAAACACACAAUAUUGGCAUGCUGAUAGUAUACAGUGAGGAAAUACUGCAGCUUAUGUGAUGAAUGCACAUUGGACAUUUCUACUUAAACACACAGUCUGACAUCUGUAGGCUGCUACCUUCACAUAUUUAAUACCUGUGUAGUCGAUCACCAGCUACUUGGAUUGUAGAUGUUAGUCUAAUAAGAUGCUGAAAUGCAUGAUGUCUCCAAAACAUGCUACAAUAGAUAUCAAACCCACAGGCUUCAUAUAUCCCGCAGGAAGGGAGUAAUGCUAAUAUUUAUAACUUAUGUUCACAACUGUAGAAUAAUCACUUCAGCACAGGAUGUAUGACAGGAGAUGAAGUAAUAUGUUUUUCAGUAAUAUUUAUAUGAUGAUAUAUACAACAUGCCAUGAAUUAGAUAGUUGAAAUUGGGGACAGUGAUGCUUGUAUGAAUUUGACAAGUUCUGUGAUGGACAGCAGAGGAUAUUAGGUACCAUAGGCUCUUAAAGGCUCAAUUAUUCCGCUGCUUCGUAUCACCAGACACCGAAAAUAUAUGAAAUUGACGUGAUACACCACUAUAAUCCCACUAAAUAGUAGUAUUUAUAACUUUUCUCUGUAGUGAGAUUAAACAUUAAGUAGAGUGUGAAUGGCAGCUUUGCACAGAUGUGGCUGGACUUUAUUUGGUCCCCGCCUUUGGCAAGCUGGAAUGACUGUAUUUCAAAACACACUAUAUUAUGUGUCAGGGGUGAAGCCCCAGGCUGUGUUGCUCCUCCCGCAAUUUAAAUAAAGAGAAAAUCAGUGUCUUUACACUCAGGAAAUAUAUGUGAAAAUGUGAAUUGAAUACUCAGUCACCAAUAAACCAAUCUGAAUCUUA